UUUUUCAUUUGUGCGGUAAUUUUUUAACUGGUUGGAUGUGCCAGCGGGAAUUUGUGAUAUAAAAAAAACGUGCGGUAAAAAGAAGAAAAAAUACAAAUAAAAACGAAUAUAUAGUUGGAAAAAAGCAACAACAAUUGAAAAUAAUACAAGUGAAUGGAGUAGCAAUAAAUAUAUAAAAACAAAAAGAAAAAAUAUUAACAAACAAAAGUUAAAAAAAUAAUUAUUGGCAAACAAAAUACAAAAAGAAACCAAACAUAGAAGUCAGUAGAAUAGAAAUUUCUACAUAUUGACUUUGUUUAUUAAAGCAAAGAAUUUGAAACAAAAAAAAUUUUUAAAGAAAUAAAAACAAUAGUCAUCAUCUAGCUAACAUUAUUCUUAGUGAAAAAUUGUGUUAACAAAUAAGCAUUAAGUUGGAAAACCCACAAGGGUUUUAAGAAAAUAUAAAAAAAAAUAAUACAAUUUAGCUCAAGUCUGGGUUUUAGUGAUAAAAAUUUGUGGCCGAUUAUAAAUCCUAGCAACAAAUUGUUGUUUCCCCCAAAAGUUUUAAACUUUUCAGGCAGCAAAAUUAAUAAUAUUAUAAAAUGACUUCCACAAAACGUUCAAACGUUGAUUUUGACGGGGUCGAAGAUUUUGAUGAAGAUUCCGGUUCAGAUUUCGAUGAAGAUGAAGAUCCAGAUAAAAUAGAAGUGCCAGGAGGUGGUCGUGACUUACAAACAGCUGUCACUUACGCUAAAAAUAGCACCAUACAAAAACAGGGUCACAGCAACAGUAAUUCAUUACUAAUAACAAAUCAGCCAGGAGCAGUCUCAGCUCCCAGAAUAAAUAAUAAUAUGCCGAAAAAGACAGCAGCUUCAUCCUCUGUGAGCAUGGGCAUGGGUUAUGAUUCUCAACCGUCUUCCACCAAUUCCGCCAACAGCGGUUUAUCCACACAGUCCAAAAUCAACGCCAUGGUAUUGCAAAAGAUUCAGGCUUUGGUGGCGGCCAAUCCACAGUUUUUAACCAGUGGUAUACCAAAUCAAUUACUGUCACAAUUGCUAAUGCAGCCAAUGAAGGUUACCACACCCGUAAUGCAGCAUGAAGAGGAUGAGGCGGAUUAUGAAGAAAUGGGUGUAGCCGAAACUUAUGCCGAAUAUUGGCCAGCCAAAUUAAAAUUGGGUAAAAAGCAUCCCGAUCCCGUGGUGGAAACUGCUUCCUUAUCAUCCGUAGAACCCUGUGAUGUUUACUAUAGAUUGUCCAUACCUCAGGACACCAUACAAAGCGGCCAAUUGAGUGCUUUGCAAUUGGAGUCCAUCACAUAUGCCUCGCAGGCCCAUGAUCAUCUAUUGCCCGAUGGCAAUCGUGCUGGUUUUCUUAUUGGCGACGGUGCUGGUGUGGGUAAAGGCAGAACUAUAGCGGGCAUUAUCUAUGAGAAUUAUAUGAAAGGACGCAAAAAAGCUUUAUGGAUUUCGGUAUCAAAUGAUUUGAAAUAUGAUGCCGAAAGAGAUUUGGGAGAUAUUGGGGCAGCCAAAAUCGAAGUGCAUGCCUUAAAUAAGUUUAAAUAUGCCAAAAUCAAUUCGGAUAUUAAUAACAAUUGUAAAAAAGGUGUUAUAUUUAGCACUUACUCUGCUUUAAUUGGAGAAUCGAAUAAUAAGACUGGUAAAUACAAAUCAAGACUUAAGCAACUGCUGCAAUGGUGCGGCGAAGACUUUGACGGGCUAAUAGUGUUUGAUGAAUGUCACAAGGCCAAAAACUUGUGUCCCGUGGGCUCCGGCAAGGCCACCAAAACCGGUCUAACGGUAUUAGAUUUACAAAAUAAAUUGCCCAAAGCUAGAGUGGUUUAUGCUUCAGCUACGGGUGCUUCUGAACCUAAAAAUAUGGCCUAUAUGGUGCGUUUGGGUUUGUGGGGCCAGGGUACAGCAUUUCCUACAUUUAAUGACUUCAUAAUGGCUGUGGAGAAAAGAGGUGUGGGAGCUAUGGAAAUUGUUGCCAUGGACAUGAAAUUGAGAGGCAUGUACAUUGCCAGACAGCUAAGUUUCCAUGGUGUUACUUUUAAAAUCGAGGAAGUCUCGCUGUCUAAAGAGUUUCGCAAAAUUUACGAUGAAUCUGUGGAUUUGUGGGUAGAGGCCAUGAAAAAGUUUACCGAGGCUGCUGAAUUAAUUGAUGCCGAAAGUCGCAUGAAAAAGACCAUGUGGGGUCAAUUUUGGUCUUCCCAUCAAAGAUUCUUUAAAUACUUGUGUAUAGCGGCCAAAGUAAAUCAUGUAGUGCAGGUGGCCCGUGAAGCCAUUAAAUAUGGCAAAUGUGUGGUCAUAGGUUUGCAGUCCACGGGUGAGGCACGCACACUCGAACAAUUGGAAAGAGAAGAUGGUGAAUUAACCGAUUUUGUCUCAACUGCCAAGGGCGUCUUUCAAUCUCUGGUGGAAAAACAUUUCCCUGCCCCCGAUCGCAAUCGUAUCAAUCGCAUUCUAGGCUUCACCACCGUUCCCUCUGAAGAUAAAAAGUCCUCUUUACAGUCCAUUAUAGCUGAAGUUACAGCUGCUAAAAAUAAAAUUAAAGAAGAACCACCCUCCUCCUCUGCCAAUAAACGUAAAUCCUCGCGCCAGGAAAUACGCACCAAUAAAAAAUCACGCAAUAACACGUGGCAUGAUUCCGAUGAUGAUAACGAUUCACAAAAUGAAUCGGGCAAGGAAUCCGACUACAAACAAUCCAAUUCCGAAUCAGAAGAAUCUGAUGCGGGCAAUCAUAGUGACAGCUAUGAAUCCUCCGACUUUAAUCCCUUCUGCAGUGGCUCAGAUUCCGAUAAUGAUCCCUGGUUGGCACGAGCCAAAAAGAAGAAAUUGAAAAAGAAGACAAAAGCUAAGGAAUCCACAGCCUCCAAUAAUAAUAGUGUCAAUAACAAUAACAACAACAACACAAAUAACACCUCCAGUACCACCACAAUUAACAACAACAACAACAUUGUCUCCUCAACCGAUUUGGCUGUUACAGUAUCGCCGCCCAAAAAGAAACCUCCCCAGUCUACGCAAGACAAAAUCCAAGAUUUAUUGCAAAAGAAACAAGAACUCAAGGGCACAGUUACCCAAAUUGGUGUACACGGUGUACGCUUGAACUAUGGCCCUCCACCCAAAGAUGCCAUUGAGAGAGCCUGUUCCAUGAAGGAGGAAUUAUUGCGUAAAAUUGAAAUGUUGGGUGAUCGCUUGCCGCCCAACACUCUGGAUCAGUUGAUCGAUGAAUUGGGCGGACCCGACAAUGUGGCCGAAAUGACGGGUCGCAAGGGUAGAGUGGUACAGUCCGAUGAUGGCUCCAUACAAUAUGAGUCACGCUCUGAACAAGAUGUUCCUCUAGAAACUUUAAAUAUCACCGAAAAACAAAGAUUCAUGGAUGGCCUAAAGGAUGUGGCCAUUAUAUCCGAGGCCGCUUCCAGUGGUAUUUCGUUGCAAAGUGAUAGACGUGUGCGCAAUCAACGUCGUCGUGUCCACAUAACCCUCGAAUUACCCUGGUCAGCUGAUCGUGCUGUACAACAGUUUGGUCGUACUCAUCGUUCGAAUCAGGUCAAUGCACCCGAGUAUAUAUUUUUGAUCUCCGAUCUGGCGGGUGAACGACGUUUCGCCUCCACCGUGGCCAAGCGUUUGGAAUCUUUGGGCGCUUUAACACAUGGCGAUCGUAGGGCCACUGAGACGCGUGAUUUGUCCCAAUUCAAUAUCGACAACAAAUAUGGCCGUACGGCUUUAGAAACUGUGAUGAAAACAAUAAUGGGCUAUGAACAGCCUUUGGUACCACCACCCACCGAUUAUCAUGGUGAUUUCUUUAAGGAUAUUGCUGGCGCUUUGGUGGGUGUGGGCAUUAUUGUGAAUAGUGAUUCGAAUCCGGGCAUUUUAAGUUUGGACAAGGACUACAAUAAUAUAUCAAAGUUUUUGAACAGAAUAUUGGGCAUGCCGGUGGAAUUGCAAAAUCGCCUGUUUAAAUAUUUCACCGACACCCUGACGGCCAUUAUACAUCAGGCCAAAAAGGGAGGACGUUUCGAUUUGGGUAUUUUGGAUUUGGGUGCCGCUGGCGAAAAUGUUACCCGUGUCAAAUUGGUGCGUUUCUUGCGCAAACAUGCCACCGGCAAAGCGCCCACUGAAUUACAUACCGUGCGCGUAGAAAGAGGCAUGAUUUGGCAGGAGGCUAUUGACAAAUACGCCGAUUUGAUUAGCAACAAUGACGGUUUCUAUUUGUCCCAUCAAGUACGCAACAGCAAACGUACCGCCAUCUUAGCCGUAGAAAUUGAAGCACCAACUGUGCCACCACAACAACAACUGACUAACAAAAAGAAAGAUAAAACAGCCAGCAAAAAAGAUAUUAUGUUCCAAAUCUAUAGACCCAAUACAGGUCUACAAGUGCGCCACGAAUCUUUGGCCGAAAUCGAAAAGAAAUACAAAAAAGUGGGCAUGACAGAGGCCGAAACGCACUGGACUCAGCAAUACGAUGCUUCGGUUAACACAUGCUCUCAUGCCUAUUGGAAUGGCAAUUGUCGUAAUGUUAAUAUGGGCUCUGAAUGUGAGGUGGGUUUACGUCAACGUUUGUAUUAUGUUUUAUCCGGUUCGGUUUUAUCGGUCUGGACUAGAGUAGAACAAAUAUUGUCCAUGCGUAAUGCCAACAGUAAAAUGCAAGUUAUACGCAUGAAAACCACUGAGGGUGAGAAAAUUGUUGGUACUUUAAUACCAAAAUCAUGCCAUGAAUUGCUUUUGCAAGAUCUUAAGUCUGAUGCUGAGAAAGUCGAAGAAGUUAACUUUUAAGAGAGAGGAAAAUUUAUUUAAAUUUUU